AUGGCGCAGUCACAAAAGCCUGAGACUUUCAUGCUCUCGAGUGAAGCCCAGCAGAGUCUACCUCAAGAUGCACAGGUUGCACUGCAGCAGGUAGAUAACCUAAAGUACUUCCUCAUUUCUGCUCCUGUCGACUGGAAUCAAGAACACCUCAUCCGUCGAUUCCUCCUCCCGACUGGCGAAUACGUUUCCUGUGUACUGUGGAACAACCUCUUCCAUGUCUCGGGCACAGACAUUGUGCGAUGUCUGUCUUUCAGAUUCCAGGCAUUCGGUCGACCGGUUAAGAACCCUAAGAAAUUCGAAGAGGGUAUCUUUUCAGAUCUCAGAAAUUUGAAAGCAGGCACAGAUGCAUCUCUAGAAGAGCCAAAGAGUCCUUUCCUAGACUUCUUGUACAAGAACAACUGCAUUCGCACACAAAAGAAGCAGAAAGUCUUCUACUGGUACAGUGUUCCGCACGACCGACUCUUCCUCGAUGCACUGGAAAGAGACUUGAAGAGGGAGAAAAUGGGCCAGGACGCAACCACCAAAGCCAUUGCUGAACCAGCUCUGUCCUUCGAGUUCGACUCAUCUCAGUCACUGUUUGAGCAACUGACGAAAGCUCAACAAACUCAAUCCUCGUCGUUUGCAGGAUCAAAUAGCAUUUCAGCGCAACAGCCCAGUCAGUCUCAAUCCACAUCUCCUGUUACUAGAGCGAUCGAUUCUAUGCCGCCUCCACAGAUGCCCCAGCAAAUGCUGCCACCACAGCCACCACGGACACAAGAGCAGUACCACCAACCGUCAUAUACCACCAUGCCCAUGCAACAGCAAAUGACACAUGAACCACUAGGUCAGCCAGUUCACCAGCAGGAUUAUGCUCAACAGAUGUACUACGAUCGGAACAAUCAUAUGCGGCAUUCGUCUAUGCCUGCCUUUAUGGAGUAUUCUCCUGCCCCCUCGUUUGUCUCAUCGCACUACGACAGCUUCAGUGCUCGAGGUGUCAGCUAUGAGCCUAUCACACCUCCUCAGCAAGCUGUGCCAGUUGGUGUGGAGCCAGCCUACAUCGCUAAUGAGGAGACUGGUCUGUACACUGCCAUUCCUGAGAUGAAUACUAUGCACGCGUACAAUCCCAUGGCCACUAUGCCACCAUCGACUAUGGCUGGACCACAAUUUACACAAGCCACGAGAGCGUUCGCGCCAACAUACCCGAUGAUGGAAGGUUCGCCAACUUACAAAGCACGAAGGCGACGGUCUAGCAUUCCUUCGUCCAUCAUGAAUGCUGUUGCUGCCAACGCUGCAGCUCAGCUACACAACAUCAAGACAUCUCAUAUGCCACAGAGACCAUCCGAUCUCCGGCGAUCGAUGUCCAGCUCCGUCAUACCAAUGGCAGAGCGUCAUGAAAGCACCGCAACACCACCGCCACCGUCAUCACACCCAUAUCCUUCGACCUUGGUGUCUCGAGAACAAUUUCAUGAUUACUCUCGACAUAGCACGCCACUCGCAAGCCUGGAAGAGAACGCUUCUGAGCCUAUGCAAUUCCCAAACUUUGAUGGCAACGACUAUACCCAGUCAUUGCAGACUAGCCCAGCUUCAGCUCAACGGCCAGGUCCCAUUCGACGUGCUAGAAGUGCAACAAUGAUGGAGCUCGGUGUUCCUUACAAGUCUCACUCCUGCCCAAUUCCUUCUUGUGGUCGACUUUUCAAGCGUCUCGAGCAUCUGAAGAGACACGUCCGAACACAUACUCAAGAACGACCCUACAUCUGCAAUCACUGCAACAAGGCCUUUUCUAGGUCUGACAACCUUGCACAACAUAGACGAACUCAUGAACCACAAGCAGAUGGGCAACCAUUGAGUGGCCUGAGUGAAGACGACGACUUCGAACAGGAAGAACUAGAAUUCGGCUCAAUGGAUGACCUUGCUUCUCCUGACGAGAUGGGUCUUACUAGAUCUGACCUCCUGGGAAGAACAUCUAUGCCACCACCAACGAGCAUGCCUCUUCCACAACCAAUGCUCACACCAUCUCAACUCAUUCAGCCACAAAUGCUCGCGCAUAUGUAA